AUGGAGAUAUUAGAUGUGUUUGUCCAGACAUCCAGCUCUUUCUCCCUGUUAGGGGCUCUGGUGGUCCUGCUGCUUCUCUACCUCAUCUCCUCCUCCAGCUUCAACUCGCAGGAGAUCAGGAAAGAACCUCCAGGACCAAAACCACUUCCCCUGCUUGGGAAUCUGCUGCAACUCGACCUUAAGAUACCCUACAACACAUUAUUGAAGCUUUCCAAGAAAUAUGGGUCAGUGUUCACCGUCUAUUUGGGACCCAAGAAAGUGGUGGUCCUGGCUGGAUACAAGACAGUGAAGGAGGCACUUGUCAACUACGCUGAUGAGUUUGGAGACAGAGAUCCAAUGCUAAUUAUGCAUGAAGUUAUUAAAGGAAAUGGUAUUAUAUGGUCCAAUGGCGAUUUAUGGAAGGAGAUGAGGCGCUUUACCAUAACCAACCUGAGAGACUUUGGGAUGGGCAAGAAGACUUGUGAGGACAAAAUCAUUGAGGAAUGUGACUAUCUUCUUAAAGUGUUUAAGAAAUAUAAGGGAGAAGCUGUUGAUACGACUGGGCCAAUAAACUAUGCAGUCUCUAACAUUAUCUGCUCCAUUGUUUAUGGCAGCAGAUUUGAAUAUGACGAUCCAGAGUUUACAUCCAUGGUAGAUCGAACAAGCAGAAAUAAUCAACUAUUGGGGACCCCAUCAGUACAGGUGUAUAACCUGUUUCCUUGGAUUGGAAAAUGGUUUGCCGGCAAAAAAGAAUUCCAUAAAUCGUUUGCUGCCAAUAUUAAACAGAAUUUACAGCUGUUCAGUCGUUUGAAAGAGACCCUCAAUCCACAGAUGUGCAGAGGCUUUGUGGAUGCCUUUCUGGUCCACAAGCAAAAUCUGGAG